ACUGAAUCAAUAAGUGAUGAUCAAUAAUUGGAUCCUAUGUGUUUCACAACCCAUCUGUCUGUCCACAGUCAUGUCUGUCUCUCUGUCUGAAGAGAGAGACAGGAUCCAGAGACAGGUGGAGGAGUUGGAGCAGAGUCUGUCUGUCUGUCUGUCUGCAACACACACUGAUCUCCAGCUGCUGAGCAGUGAGACAGAUGAUGAAUCAGGAAGUGAUGACACAGAGGACGAGUCUGCUGCAGGUCUGUUGGCUCAAAGAGAAAAAAUCCAGAAAGAGAUCGAGAACCUGGAGAACAAGCUAGGACCACAGAGUCCUGUCUGUCUGUCAGAUGAUGAUGACAUCAUCAUCUGCAGCAGCAGCAGUAGUGAUGAGAGUGAGCUGGGUAUCUCUCUCUCUGUUGAGUCUUGUCUUCAGAUGAACCUGGUUUACCAGCAGGUGGUGCAAGAGACUCUGUGUCAGCUGGAGACACUACUGACACACAACAACAGACAACAGAGGGAGCUGAUGUCUCAGUUGUCUGGACCAAUCAAAGAGCCUUCCAGAGAACAGCCCGCCCUCUCCUCCUACCAGCUGCCAAUCAACAUGUACCUGGGUCGCUUCCUGAAACCGUACUUCAAAGACAAACAGACCGGACUGGGUCCUCCAGCCAAUCAGGAGACGAAGGAGAAGAGCAGCAGGAUGACAGGAUGUCUUGAUGAAAAUAAAGUGAAGAUAAAACGAUGGGAGAGCUGGCAGAAGACUCUUCUGAUCCACUCUGUGUCCAGAGACAGUCUACGGAGACUUGUCCAGCCCAAACUGUCCAGGGUGGACUACCUGACUCAGAAGUUGUCGUCAGCAGGGGAGACAGACAGGCAGCAGCUCCGAGAGCAGAUCGACUGUUUGGAGAGAGAGAUCGACAAACUCAGGACGAAGAAGGAGGAGGAGCUGAUUGGUGAUCGAUAUGAGGAACAUGAUUGGGAAAAAAUCUCCAACAUUGAUUUUGAAGGGACGCGGGAGGCCGACGACAUCCGGUGCUUCUGGCAGAACUUUCUUCACCCCUCAAUCAGGAAGAUUGGGUGGAGUCAGGAGGAGGUGGAGCAGCUGAGGGACAUCAGCAAGAGACACCGAGAGAGACACUGGAAGAAGAUCGCUGAGGAGCUGGGGACGGAGAGGACAGCCUUCAUGUGUCUUCAGACUUUCCAGCGUUUCGUGUCAGACUCGUUGCGACGAGGCAGUUGGACGCCUUGUGAAGACGCUCUUCUCCGGGAGCUGGUGGACAAGAUGAGGAUUGGAAACUUUAUCCCCUACACUCAGAUGAGUUACUUCAUGGAGGGUCGUGACCCCCCUCAGCUGAUCUACAGGUGGAACCAGGUUCUGGACCCGAGCCUGAAGAAAGGCCUGUGGACCAAACAGGAAGACCAGCUCUUGUUGCGAGCUGUCUCACGUCAUGGGGAGAAGAACUGGUGGAAGAUCCGUUUGGAGGUUCCUGGACGAACUGACAGCGCCUGCAGGGAUAGGUAUCAUGACUGUCUGAAGUCGGGGACGAAGCGAGGAGCAUUCGACAAACAGGAGCAGGAGCUGCUGUUGCAGCUGGUCGAGAAAUAUGGCGUUGGUCGCUGGGCAAAGAUUGCAGCGGAGAUUCCUCAUCGUUACGACGCUCAGUGUCUGAGAGAAUGGAGGAAACUGAGCAGAAAGAGACUUCGUCCUGCUCAGAAAAAUAGAGAAGCUAAAAACCCACAAACAAGUCCAAAUGGAAAGAAGAGGAAGAAGGUGAACAUCAGGAGGAAAGUGAAGGAGGAGGAGAUGAGCAGUGAGGAGGAGCAGGAGGAGGAGGAGAUGGUGGUGGUGUACAUGGACAGUGAUGAUGAUGAUGAGAAGAAGAUGAAGGAGGAGGAGAAGGACGAGGUUGUAGAAGUGGAUAGAAUUGCAGAUGUAGAGGAGGAGGUGGAGGAGUACACCUGCCCUCCGAUGACUGAGUGGAUUCCAGAUGAUAAAGCAGAACAUUUCUCCUUUCUGAGCUUUAGUCCUGUGUCUGUACCUUCUUCCUCCGAUGGCCACAGAGGGAAGCCAGUCCGCUCUACCAUCGUGGGUAAGUUCGGACACUCUGUGAUCAUUGGACCAAAUCCACCAGAGUUGCAGUGGGAGGAGCGUCACAGAAGCAGCACCAUGAGGAUGGUGUCACCUGACCAGCUCCAAGCCCACCUGCACUGCCAGGCAGCUGAGUGGAAAAAAAAGGGCUUCCGGCCGAAAGGGAAACAGAUGGGCCGAUCAAUGGACAUGGUACUGAGGUACAAGCUCCAGGCUGCCGUGGUGCCCUGGAUUGGUAACCUGUUGAUCCCGACUCAAACCAGACUGACGGUGGCUGACGCCCUGAGGGAACAAGGAGAGAAAACCCAGCUCUCCUCCACUCCUGUUUUCCAGCUGCUGCUGCAGACCAUGAACGUGGACGUCAUCGGGUGCAGGGAGAUGAUAGAGCAGAGGAAGAAGAAAGUGGUGUUUUCAACUCCGCUCCCUGAUCCUUUGUCCGUCCACAGGAAGGAUCCACGCACUGUCGCAGAAAUCCUGCAGCAGAGGGAGAAGCAGCAGGAGUUAGAGCUGCAGCACAAACUGAUCCUGAAGCAGCUUAACACUCUGCAACAACAACAAAUGAUGCUCAGACAACCAUUCAGUACACAACAAUUAGAUCAUCUGCACCAACUUCAGAAUCUUCCCCCUCAGACUCUUACUCCUCGCCUCCCUUAUCAGAAUCUUCCUGGUCUUCCUCAGAUGUCUCCUCUGUCAUUUCCUCAGAGUGUCUUCAUUCCUCAUCCUGUUCUUCAACCUCAGAAACCUCUUGCUCCCUCCUCCCUCGACACAUCCCAUUCGUCUCCAUGCCAACGUCCUCCCGUGGGCAUCGACACCUCUUCAUCUCCUCCUUCUCCUGGCUCCACCUCAAUCCACCAACAGACUGUACCAUUGACUCAGAGCUUCAGAGUUGACCAGUCCUCUUCCCCUAACCCAGCUGUUUCUGUUGGUUCAACACUGGCCAAUCAACAAGCUGUUCCCUUCAUUCUCCCGAACCUCGCCACCCACCCUGCUUCUCUCCACAGGGACCAUGACUAUUUUAUUCAACCGAACCCUCCCCUAAGUCUACCAAGCCCUGUCCCCAAACAGCCAGACCCCAUGCACUGUAAAUCUGACCCCGUAUCAGAGAGACCCCCCAAAAAUCCCAGCAGAGGAAGAAAACGAAGGAGGCAGCAGGAGCAGGAUGGGGUGACGAGCAGUCAGGUUGUCCAAUGUUCAGAUGGGACAGGUGACCCCAGGGCCCAGGCCAAUACAGGUGCAACCCAGGAACAAAAAAGGGUUCGGAAGCUAAGUCAGAAGGCCAGGGAGCUGCAGAAAGCAACUGAAGCCAAGGACAAAGCAAAAAAGAAGAGGAAGUCUUCUCCUUGUAAUACACGCCCUCAUACUUCUCGCUCUAAAGAGGAAACUGUUGAUCAGCCUGAGCAUUCCACACUGCAUUUACUUCCUGGUCAGUCGAUAUGGGUCAUGACUCCCGGAGGGCUGGUCCAGCUGGCACAAGCUCAGCCCCAACCCCAUCAGCAGGCGUUAGUGCCGAACCCCUACUUUUCACCUACACCUGGAAAUAUUCCAAGAACCCAACUGGCCAAGCCUCCUCUGAGAUUCCAACCACCACCUGUACCAUAUGCCCUGACUAUCCCCAGACAUCUCCCUGCUCCACCCACUCAUCCCUCUAAGCCCUUACAACCUGUCCCAAGCCCAGGUUUGCUCCCCCUCCCCUCCUGUAACCCUCAGCCUCCCCCCAAAAUGUUCCUGCCCUAUAAGGGUGCAGUCAGAGUGGAUGAGGCUGAGCCACCUCCCCUCAGGAGGGAGGCUCUUCAGUUCAAUCCCUCACUGAUUUUCCUGGAGCCUCAGGAAGCAGUGCGUGAUUGGCUGAGUGGGCGGGGAGGGGUGGUAGUACCAGGAGCAGGCGUGGCUCUACCCUACCUGCCGCCAUUUGUCAGCACUCUGAGCACGCUCAGUGCACUGCUUCAGGUCAAAAAGUCUCUGACCAAAUCAUCUCUGCAGCUGCUGCGUCAAGACUCUGAACCUUGGCACUGCCAAAACAAAAUCGUGUCUGACAACAGUUCAGGAAAAACCUCCAGUCAGCUUCCACCCGACCUGCCGGACUCCACCUCUGACCUCAGACCAGGCGAGCAACCAGCAGCUCCCUCUGUCAGCUCUGACGUCCUGCAGGAGGAGGAGGUCCUUGUGGCAGCAGUGCGUGAGCUUGUGACAGAGUGUUUCUCUAGUAACCCCGCCUACCAGUUGUUGAAGGCCCGCUUCCUGUCACUCUUCACUGUCCCUGCCCUCCUGGCCACCAUCCAGCCAAUAACAGAGAAGACUGUGGCUCGCCCAGUCACUCAGGAGGAGGAGGAGGAAGAGGAAGAGGAGGAAGCAGUGGUGGAGCUGAAGAAAAUCAAAGAAAGGGGCCGCCAGAGAGCACAGGGAUCUGUGCUGAUGUGUGACACGUCAGGAGCACCAGCCAAUCACUUCUCAGGAAUCAACGCACCCGCCGCUGACUAGACCCGGCCAGUAGAAACCAAAUCACACACAUCUUCAAUCACAUGUUCAGAUCACUUCAACGCUCCUCUUUAAUCCUGAUUCAAGUUCAACAGCUGUUCAUCUGAAAUCAUCGGAUUUCAUCGGAUUCAUUUUGAUAUAAGUUCUGGAAAAAAAUAACUUUUCAUUAAAUGACAAGAAACAUUCCUACUCUGGUUCCGUUAAAAUUUACGUUACAUUAAAAAUCAGAAAAUAUUUCAGAUCUGGUGUCAGAGCUCAUAAAUAACAAAUAGUCAAAUAUGUUUAAAAAAUAUAUUGUUUUAAUUUACCUUGUAAAUGUUUGAUUGUUAGCUGAUGGUUUCGUAAUAAAGAUGUUUACAUGAAGCAGUCAAUCAAUCAAUCAAAGUCCCUCUCUCUCUUUCUC